CAUGUACUAAUCGGCAGGACGACGGUAACCAUCUCCCCCACCACCUCCCUGCACCAUUUCCCCAUCGUCUCCUCCACCGUCUCCCUUCACAUUUCUCCACCGUCUCCUCCUCCGUCUCCUCCACCGUCUCCGCCAACGUCUCCUCCAGCGUCUUCUCCACCAUCUCCCUUCACCAUUUCUUCUCCACAGUCUCCUCCACCGUCUACUCCACCAUCCAUCUUCACAUUCUCCAUCGUUUCCUCCACCGUCUCCACCAACUUCUCCACCAACUUCUCCACCAACGUCUCCACCAACGUCUCCUCCACUGUCUCCUUCACGUCUCUACCAUCUCCCUCACCUUCUCUUCCACCGUCUCUAUCACCAUCUCUCCACCGUCUCCACCAACGUCUCCUCCAACGUCUCCUCCACUGUCUCCUUCACGUCUCUACCAUCUACCUCACCUUCUCUUCCACCGUCUCUAUCACCAUCUCUCCACCGUCUCCACCAACUUCUCCUCCACCGUCUCCUCAAACGUCUCCCCUACCGCCACCAGCACCUUCUCAUCCAACGUCUCCUCCACCGUCUAACCCACGCCUGGGCAAGCUCCCAUCCCCACUAUCACCCCUACAAGCCUGUCGCUCAGUGUGUCCUCUAUAAUUCCGGGCUAGCGGGCCAGUGUACCAUGACAGUUGGUAACCUCAUAAAUAUGCCGUAGAGGCUGACAGUCGGACGGGGACAGUCGCGGCCCGGAGAAACAUGGAAAUCUUCACAUAUCAAGGCAAGGUCUCUCAUAUACUUCCACGAUCAUGACAAUCAAAGCAUACUCAAAAUGGCGGCUUAUAAACAGACGGUCAUUUCUGUGCUGCCUCUUGGUGUUGGGUGUGUUGACUAUGGUGUCUCUUUGGAUGUUUCUCAUCACCAACACAUAUCAUCACCACUCGCAAUCUAUCGAGGCGGAAGUGACGCAGACCCAGCCAAGGAAGGUCCUAAUUCUGUCGUACAUGCGCAGUGGAUCAACAUUAACUGCGGACAUUGUACAGCAACAUCCAGACGUGUUCUACGUGUUUGAACCACUGUUCUCUGUUGAGAACAUCAGGAGAGCAUACCUGGCACCAGUAUAUCUUGAUAGACCGUCGCGCCUACUGUCCUCGAAGUCAGAGUACGCAACCAAAGUGGACAUCUUAAAGGCCAUCCUCUCGUGUUCCCUUACGUCUGUGGACCUCCAGACCCUACACCAGCACCACAUGGAUAAGAGCAAAACCACGGUUAAAUACAAUCAAUGCAUCCAUAACACAACGAUACGCGAUUUCGAAUCAAAGUGCCUCAACACAUUGAUCGAUAAAUGUAGAGGAUCAGAAAUAUCUUUAAUCAAAACCAUCCGAGUGAAGAUGGAGGCAACGGAAGAACUCUUACACCUCAACAAGGAUCUGAAGGUGAUUCUCUUGAUCAGAGACCCCAGAGCGACUCUCAUGUCCAGGAUUCGCCUCGCCCAGCUCAGCUGGAGAAAAUUCGAUGUGGUACAACAUCACGUAAAAGUAUCUUUCUCCCAUUGUGGGUUGGUGCUGAGAGAUGUCAGAGACGCUGUUAGACUGUCAAAACGUUACCCCGGUAGAGUCGGUAUACUGCUGUACGAAAAGCUGAUCGAGAAUCCCACAUAUAUGACUCAAUUAAUAUAUGACUUUUUGGAUCUUAAGCUGACGCCAAAUAUAGCCAAUUAUGUGUAUAACAUCACCGAAGCUGGUUUCCCAGACAGCUGCCCACUGUGUACAACUAGGAAGAACUCCACUGAGACAGCUAACAGAUGGAGACAUGACCUCAGUCUCGAUAGUGUCAUGCAAAUAGACCAGAACUGUUUCCCUUUGUAUGAACAGUUGGGUUACCUCCCUUUUAAAACUUAUGGUGACCUUCUGAACACAAAUGUACCAUCCUGGUUGGAAAAACCCAUUCCUGGUUUGUUAACGGACCGCAUGUACUCCACGGAACCAAGAAACCCAGUAUUAUGAUCAAAUUAACGCAGGGAAUUAAUGCACUACAUGUAUUCCAGUAAACACUCAUCCUCGGUUACCCAGGGCAUUAUAA